AUGUCGUCUUCCGAUACAUCGUCCGUGGGCUCGGUAGCCGAACUAUCGACCUCGACGCCGCCAGCCCCAGCCUCGCGCCGCAAGGGCAACAAGAAGGUGCGCACAGGCUGCAUCACCUGCAAGAUACGCAAAGUCAAAUGCGACGAAGCCAAGCCUUCCUGUCAGCGGUGCGUGAAAACUGGUCGCGUUUGCGAUGGCUAUCCUGUCCUGCGACCACGCGCUUCACGGUUCAAGUCGCCCAGUCCGACGCCUGCAUUGGAGACGGCUGAUGAGUUGCGGGCUUUCGAUCAUUACAAGAGUCGAUCUGCCUUUCUGCUGGGCGGGAUUACCGUUGCGGGCGAAGAGUUCUGGGGUGGUUUGGUCAUCCAGCUGACAGUCACCGAGCCAGCUGUAAGGCACGCUGUUCUGGCUCUGAGCUGCCUGCACGAAGAACUGUGCAAGGGAAACGAAGCAGGCAGACUUCACCUGAGAAAUGGGUUUGCAUUCUCAGAGUAUGGCAAAGCCAUUGCCGCCGUGCGCAGCUGGGAUGUGACGCGUCGUGGACCCGAAUCCGCUGCAAUCCCCCUUUUGGUCUGUGUGUUGUUCAUCUGCAUCGAGUUUCUCAUGCGGUACGAAGCGGCCUCGCAGCUGCACAUUUGCCAGGGGCGCCUCAUACUCUCCAGAAUGGAGCAGGUGAGCUUGGACUCUCCCUCCAUGGAGAUGAUUCGGAAGGUUCUCGUCCCCAUUUACGCUCGCCUGAGCCUUGCCAGCUACCUCUUCGCCACGCGACCAGAACCUAUACCGGUGCACCUCACGACGGGGAACGGAUGCACGCCUUUGACCUUCGAAUCAAUGAGCGACGCCCGCGACAUGAUGUUCCAUCUCCUGGACCAAGGCUUGCGCUUCACGACGUCGGGUAAACAUGCCGUUUACAACCCAGCUGCCGACCCAUGGGAGGUGCAAAGGCUCAAGGCCACGCAGGCGCACAUCCUCGCGCAGCUUUCGCAGUGGAACACGGCCUUUACCUUUCUUCGAACGACCAUAAUCAGCGAGACGGCCAUGUCCAAGGCGACGCAGGACUUGCUGUACGUCUUCUACCACACGGCAACUAUCUGGGUGGGCAGCGCCCUGUCGCCGUGCGAGACGACAUAUGACGACUACGUCUCAUCAUUCGCAGCCGUCAUCUCGCACGCGUCGUCAGCCAUUGCGGCUACAGGCUCGCUGCAGCGGGAAGAUGCCGUGUUCACAUUCGAGACAGAAUACCUCGCGCCCAUCUAUUGGACGGCAGCUAAAUGUCGUCAUCCACUGCUUCGACGCGCGGCCCUGAGACUCCUGGAGAGAGAGGAAGUCAAGCGAAGGCGUGAGAACCUUUGGCGCGCGCGGGAACUCAUCGUCAUCGCAGCCUACAUCAUCGAGGUCGAAGAGGGCCAGGAGCAGUCCACGUACUAUGACAGCCUCGGCGAUAUGUACGGGAUCGAGGGGUACUGGCAUCAUGAAGAGGAGCUGCGGGUGCCUCUGACGCAACCUCCUUCGCUGGAGAAGCCUGAUACGAAGUUCAGCCAAGAGGAACUCGUUGACAUUGGGCAGGGAACGUCAUUCGAUUUACCGCUACGCGACGCACCCAGGGGACCAGUCCCCCUCGUUCAAGACGUCAAGGCGGCGCGCGCCAUCACCAAUAUUGACCCGGGACGGCUCCAAGCACCCUUUGGCAUAUCGGAAGGCAGUCGUAUCAAGAACACGUUGAUUGGGUCAGCCGGUGCCGACGGCGUGUGGAUCACGACGUUCAUGGACCCGGAACCGGGGAUGACGGAGUGGAGUGUGAGAAAGACGUUCCUGAAAGUUCAGUGA